CAUGCAUACCACCCAGGCUGAAGAUAUGGAAAGGGUUGAGGGUGUACAAAUCUUCAUUAGUGAGUGUUGUGUUCACAGAACACCACACUACCAGAAGUUCUAAAGAAUAAGCAAUCCCAUACUUGUUUCAAGGUUGGGAGAAAUAUGGCUGAGAGUGUGAUCAUAUCUUUCUCCCAAAGACUGCAUGUGAUGAUAAUAGAAGAAUACAAAUUUCUGCAUAGGGUGCAAGAGCAGGUUGUGUCUCUUCGUGAUGAGCUCCAAUGGAUCAGUUCCUUUCUAAGGGAUGCUGAAAUGCAAGGUAAAAGGAAUGAGAGAGUGGAGCUAUGGGUGAGCCAGAUCAGAGACCUUGCUUAUGAUGCUGAGGAUGCCCUUGACAUCUUCAUCCUAAAUGUUAUGUGGCUAAGGAAGAGAAAUAUAAGAUGGCUUAUCAAGUAUCCUGCCAGACUUAUUACUCUUCACAAGUUGGGGAGCCAAAUUGAGGGCAUCAACAAAAGGAUUGAAAGGAUUUCAACUUACAAAUCAAAGUAUGCCAUUGAUAACCUUGAUGAUAAAGAGUCUUUGGGCAAAGAUGUGGCAUUGAAUGAGAGGAGAUCAGCCCCGAAUGUGGAACAAGACGAUGUCGUUGGCUUCGAUAGUCAAUCAGAAGCUGUGGCUAAAAUGUUGUUGAGACAAGAAGAAGAAGAAGAAGAAGAAGAAGAUUCAGCGAAAGUAGUAGGCCAUGUUGUUUCAAUUGUUGGGAUGUCUGGUUCAGGUAAGUCCACCCUUGCUCACAAGGUCUACAAUGAUGUUAAAUUUUAUUUUGAUUCUUGUGCUUGGAUAUAUGUCUCCCAAAAUUUUAAAUCGGAAAGUCUCUUGCAAAGCAUCAAGAUGCAAAAUCAUGAGAGGGAAGAUAUGGGGAAAUUAUUAGUAGUCUUUGAUGCUGUAUGGAACAUAACAGAUUGGGAUGACUUAAAAAAUCAUGUCAUAGAUAAAAUCAUCCAAAGCACAGAAGGUAUAGUAGUUCUGCUGACUACUCACUCUCCUGAAGUAGCUGAAUAUGCCAAAUUAUCAUCUACAGAUGAUCUCUACAACAUGAAACAAUUGGAAAAGGAUGACAGUUUAAUGCUCUUGAAAAAGAAGGCUUUCCCUAACAUGAGUAGUUUCGCUCAAGAACUGGAGGAACCAGCAAUGAAAAUUGUCGAAAAAUGCGCCGGUUUACCACUUGCAAUUGUUUUAUUGGGUGGUCUCUUGUUAGCAAAGCAGAAGAUAAUUGAAGUGUGGAACAAAGUAUUGCAAAAUGUGAAAUGGCAGAUACGUCAAGGCUUUACUACUGGAUGCUUGGAGCUAAUAUCUUUUAUUUAUGAUAAUCUACCUAAUGUCUUGAAGCCUUGCUUUCUCUAUCUUGGCCUUUUCCAAAGAAACAGUUCCAUCAAUUGUGAAAGGUUAAUUCAAUUAUGGAUUGCAGAGGGUUUCAUACAAGAGACAGGAGAAGAAACAAUGGAAGAUGUUGCUGAGGACUACCUUGAAGAUUUGAAUCAAAGGAACAUGAUCCAAGUACUAUGUAGGAGAUCAAAUGGAAGUAUUGAAAAAUUUUGCAUCCAUGGUCUCUUACGAGAAUUUGCCAUCUCAAAAGGGCGACAAGACAAAUUUCUCGACGUUUUGGGGACUAAACGUUCCCCAACCCAUACCAUGUCGUGUCGACUUGCUGUUCAUUUAACUAGCAAGAUGGAAAAAGGGACUGAAAUUCCAGAGAGCUCAUCUUUAAAUAGUCUCCGGUCGAUGUUGUGCUUCAAUCACUUGAGCAAUGUAAGAUUAGAGGAGAAAUCUUUCUAUAAAAGCUUCAAAUUUCUUAGGGUGUUGGAUAUGCGAGGAGUAACAGAUCUCCGGCGAUUACCCUAUGAAAUAGGCAAGCUUGUCCUCCUAAAGUACUUGAAUCUAUAUGGAACCAAGAUAGAAAGGCUUCCAUCCUCAAUAAGAAAUCUCCAAAAUUUGCAAACCCUAGAUAUAUCAGAGACUAGAAUCAAUGGCAUACCUCGGUCAGUAUGGAAAUUGGAAGAGCUAAGACAUUUUUAUGCGAAUCUUAAACCUGUUUCACAUUCUAAUUCAUCUGAUACUGGUAAUGGAAUUUCUUGUAAUCUUCACUGCAAGAUUAUUGAUGCCGGUGUUCGUGCUCCUCCGAAAAUCAGGCGAUUAAGGAAUCUUCAUACACUAUCUACAGCAGGAGACAAUUGGAUAAGCAAUGACUUUGGGCAAUUGAUCAACCUCAGAAAGCUUCAGAUAACUGAAGUGAGCAUGGACCUUUAUGGAGAAGCAUUAUCUAACUCCAUUCUCAGCCUUAUAUACCUUAAGGAGUUGGAUAUUAAAUGGAAAGAAGGCAAGCUACAGUUUCAAGAUUCACUUUCAAACCAUUUUCAACUCUACAAAAUGAGAUUGUUAGGAGUGAUGGAAAAGUUACCAACGGAUCCCAAUUUCUUUCCACCAAAUCUUACUGAGUUGGAGUUAUGUCAUACAGAUCUAAAGCAAGAAGAUGGGCCAAUGAAAAGCCUAGCAGCAUUGAAGAACCUAAAGUUACUCAAACUUCAUGAGAGAAGUUUCUUGGGAAACCAGAUGGUGUUUCCUGCAAAAGGGUUUCCUAAUCUUAUAUACUUGGAUCUAGCAUUUUUAACUGACUUAGAAGAAUUAAAGGUGGAGGAAGGGUCAUUCCCCAAUCUUAAGUUUCUGAGUCUUGUCAGUUUAAACAGCCUAAGGGAGUUACCAGAUGGAUUGCAAAAAGUCUCCAGUCUUGAGAAGCUUUAUUUACUUGGUAUGCCACCAAAAUUCCAAGAAAGGACUGAAGAAGAUGUGGGAGAUGAUUGGCCUAAGAUCAAGCAUAUACCAUCCAUUAAGUUUGGAUCAGUCAAAUUCGCAAAGCUGGAUCUCGUUUAUUGAGAAGAUGAUCGUAAGGAUUUAAGGAGGCUCUACAAUCAAGUAAGACCUUAUCAAUGAAGUGCCAACGUCAAAUCCAGCUUCUUUCGUAGGAGGAUAUUGUUUUGGGAUCAUUGGAAGAAACUGCCCCUCUUCUCUUUGCCAAUGGAACGUCAUGGGUUGUUGGAACAGUGCAUGUCUUUUGAACCGUUUGAAAUAAGUUCCAUGUAUCAUUUCAGACAUCCUAGACUCAUAUUUGUAAUAAUCUCUCUCUCUCUCUCUCUCUCUGUUUCCCUUAAUUUGUGUGUUCUUACAUGUAUGUGUGUAUGACACUUUUAAUGUUUAUACUAGGUGGCUAUUUUCUAUUUGA